GUAGGGCAACACGUCGGUUGAGGGAGCCGCUAACGAAUGGGCUUUCAGUCGCUUGGAUCGAUGACACGAUGGUGGUCUCCUACCUCUGAAAGUGGAGCUCAUACUACAAGCGGACUUACUGUUGUGUUUGACGCAAUGGUUCAAAUUCGAGGCAACAUUUUCAACUCGGCUGUGCAAAAAGGUCCCCAUUUUUACUUUGGAUGCUGUGUGUCCUCGUGGUAACCCACUCUUAUUCUCAUAAAUGCUUAAACUUGGUCCUAAGUAUGGUCAUCUUCAGCAAAACAAGUGACGCAAUUUCAACAUGGCGGCGAGUCGAUGACGUAAUACCCACUGUCUAAAAUCUGCAGUCGUGACACUUGGUGCACUUUUCCGAGGUGUACACUGUAUCGCGUCGGGUGUAGCGCCAUUAUUUUGAAAGGACCUGUGUCGGGGCUUUUGGUGACGUCAUCACCGCGAGACAUUGUUGGUGCUGCGCAGUUGCUUGUUUGGAAUUUUCCAUAGUCGUUGAUUCGCGUUUGUUUGUGGCCUUGGAAAGAAACUAUCGGAGAGCACCGACACAAGAAGUGGCCCGAGCAACUAGGGUCGCUGCUGAGUUAGUUGCGGGACGCCUUUGCGCCUGUCGAUGGAGUGCGCGGGAGGUUCGGUGGAAGGUUCGCUAAUGGCAGCUAGCAACGUCCCGGCCUUCCUCAGCAAACUCUGGACUUUGUUGGAAGACCCCGAAACAGAGUCGCUCAUCUGCUGGAGCCCGAGCGGAACCAGUUUCCACGUGUAUGAUCAAUCUCGCUUCUCCAAAGAGGUUCUCCCCAAGUUCUUCAAACACAACAACAUGGCCAGCUUCAUUCGGCAACUCAACAUGUAUGGCUUCCGCAAGGUGGUCCACCUGGAGCAGGGCGGCCUGCUAAAACCCGAGAAAGACGACACUGAGUUCCAACACCCGUUCUUUGUCAGAGGCCAAGAGCACUUGCUGCAGAACAUCAAACGCAAAGUCACCAACGUGUCUUCGAUGCGCCCGGAAGAGGGCAAGCUCUCAUCCCACGAGGUCAGUAAACUCCUGAGCGACGUGCAGGCCAUGAAGGGAAAGCAGGAGAGCAUAGACUCCAAAAUCAUUGCCAUGAAACAUGAGAACGAGGCUUUGUGGAGGGAAGUUGUGUGUCUGAGACAGAAGCAUUCUCAACAACAGAAAAUGGUCAGCAAGUUGAUCCACUUCCUAGUGUCACUGGUCCAGUCCAACAGGAUCAUGGGAGUCAAGAGGAAACUCCCGCUGAUGCUCAACGACUCGGGUUCCGCCCAACCCCUGCCCAAAUACGCUCGCUCGAUUUCUUUGGAGCCCGUGCAGGUCGCGCCCUCCAUCUUCCCGGCGGAAUCCCCCGCCGGGCUCGUCAUCUCUGAUAUCACGGAAUUGGCCACGCCCCCGCCACAGGAGACGGUCAGCGAGUGGAUGGAAGCGAGAGAGCGCGGCGAGGAGGAGGAGGAGCCCGCCCCUUCCGAUGCGGCAGCGGGCGCGCCGACGUCUGGAGACACGCCGCUUUCUCCCACCACUUUCAUCGACUCCAUUCUUCAAGACAGCGACACGCCUGACACCAGCGCGCUGACGGCUCCCAGGCCUCGCCCAGCCACCGCCAAGCCGGACCCCGCGCAGACCUGCCAGACCCUCGCGUGUAUCGACAAGUCAGAACUGUCGGAUCACAUUGAGACAAUCGACAACAGUCUGGAAAACCUACAGAACAUUCUCAACAGCCAAACCUUCACCUUUGACACGUCGCCACUCAUGGAGUUCUUCAGCCCUUCCUGUCCUCCAGGAGACUUUGACAUCAACGCUUUGGACACUCUUCUGUCUGACAACUUGGCCAAAGGAGCUGAUGGAAGCGACGACACAGGAAAGCAGCUGGUGCAGUACACGCCAGUGCAGAUUUGUGACCCGGUUGGUGGGGGUGAUGCGGACCUGCCGUCGCUCCUGGAAUUGGGGGAGGAGCCUUUCCUCAGUCCAGACCUGACUUCUGACCUCUGACGUGACGAGGUGAGGGCAGGAGGGAGGUACUACUUUAUUACCAAUGUGGUCAGGGGUAGCAGUUUUACUAUGCAGACAACCAGCCAUUAUUUUUUGUUGCUUUUAUUUUAUCACAAGGAAUAGCAUAUUUUUGGAAACGUUGCUUUCAUAUUUAUUCUGUUACCAUGGAAAUCCACAUUAAACUUGUUUGUGCACAGUCCUUAUGGCGUGUCAUGUGACCUGCCCACACGAGGACAGGCAGUCACUCAUGCAUGCGCACGCACAAUCGCUCCGAGGCAAAAUUGAGCUUUAGUAAUAUUUCCCAAUUUAAAGGGAAAUUUGCUGCCGUACAUAGGGAUUCAUUGAAUAUGUUUGUUAUUGUGAUUGCACAACUCAACCGUUUCAUCAUUAGGGCCUAUCUUUCUCAUGUUUUGACUGAUGGUAAAGGAUGGUGGUGAUGUCAGAAUGGGAUGUAAAACUGAUGUUCAAAGGACGCCAAAACACUUUUUGCAAAGUCAUUAAAAGACAUUUUAAUGUCAA